UGGCUAUUUGGGAAGGAGAGUUUCUUCUCUUGAAGAAAUUGUGGGGAAGAUCAAAGUCAAACAUGACGCUGAUGAGGCGAGAGAACGAGCAUCCCGUGAAGAAGAGGAACGGAGGAAGCGUGAACGUGAGGAGGAGGAGAGAAGAUGACGUGACAAGAAGGAGCGUGAAGAAUUUCAGGCGCAAAUGAAUAAGGAGGUGUCUGUGAAGCUCGAUCGGGUGUAUGAGGUUAUUAACAGAAAGAAAAGUGCGGAAAACGAUGAGGUAGCCAAAUUGAAGGCACGAAUCGAGGAGCUCCAGAAGCGGCCUGCCACUGCUAGCACUUCUUCUGAGGUUGCGAAGCCUUCGUCCGAGGCGGAGGAGGUGGCUCGUCUUCAUAACGAGCAGGUUGAGCUCAAGAAGGCUAUGGACAAACGCCUUGCUGCCAUGGAGGAGGUUAUCCACGCUUCGCAACGACAGUGUGAAGAGGCGGAGACGAAUGCCGAAACCUGGAAAGCCGAGGCGUUACGUCCAGGGAACAAGAGAGGAGGCGUGGUGAUUGGGCCUACUCCAAUGACACAAACCAGAUUGAGACCUCGGUUGACACUUGCUGCAACACGAUGUACGGUAGGAAGGGUUGACGAACAUCUGAAGGGGAUUGUAGAACGCCAUCAGAAGGAGGUUGAACUUUUGAAAGAAAUGUGUUUGAAGGAAGUCAACGCUAGGAAGGAGAGCGAGCUGGAGAUUGAACGACUAAAGGAAGAAAUGAAGCGUUUGGAAAUGGAGAACCGUGCAAAGACGCGCAGCAAUUUGAAGACUAGGCUUGACGAGGUUGCAGGACCUUCGGCAAGGAAGACGAAGAAAAGCGACGUUGCAGGUCUUGCACAGUCGACCGAAAAGGACGUUGACCUUAAUUCCAAGGAUGCCUUUUUGCGUGCGGCACGAAAACAACUUCGUGGAAAGAAGAAGGAGGAGGUGAUCUCUAUUUGCGAGAAAGAGGGUGUCACGUACACUACGUUGGACCCCACUAAAGAAGCUAUAGCUCAGAAGCGUACGUCACGAGCCUUCGAUGACAGAGGGGCUGACCUAGGCAAAGGUAAAGAGGUUUCGACUCAUGUAGUCUCUGACGAUGAGAAAGACUCAGAAGAUGAUGGGCGUGAUUCCGCUGUUUCCUAGGGUCAUGCCCGAACGCGGCCUUUUUGUGGGAGGUAGUACGUCUGUGCUGUUUUCUUCGCUCUGAGUCCGCUGAGUUGCUAAGAUGU